GAACCAUUUUCCUCUCCGUACGCAACUUGAUUAGAAUAAUGGCCCCGCCAUUUUUGUUCUCGUCUAUUAACUCCACACCUCCUCACUUUGUGCUCAUGUGCGCUACUCCUUGUCUCCUCACAACUCACAACCAUGGUGACGUUGUUCCGCAGAGUCUGGGAAUCAGUUUCUAGUCGUUCGGCGUCGGGUUCCAGACGUUGCCCCAGCGAUGGAUUUCAACAGCAGAUGUUUAUACGAUCGUUGUCGGCGGGGGAAUUCGAUAGGAUACCGACCGAUGUAUUCCUCUUAAUCGUGAAGCUCCUUGGCCCCAAGGAGGCGGCGAAGCUCGCCGCCGUCUGUAAGUUGUGGCGGUUCAUCGUUUCUGAUAACAGGCUUUGGAUUUACUUCCUUCAGAUUCAACACGAGCCUUGGGAUUCUAUAUUCUUCGCCGAAACUCACUUGCGAUCGGGCUAUUCUCUUGGUCAUUUGCUAAUCCGGUUGCUGAACUUUCAUUCAUGCAUAUUUAUGGUCAGCGUGCCAAGGUCCCUGGAACCAUGAUUAUUGAUGGUGGUUCGGGCUAUUGUAAGUAUGGAUGGAGUAAAUAUAGCCGUCCAUCAGGGAGAUCAGCCACAUUUUUAGAAUUUGGUAACAUUGAAACUCCAAUGUAUUCUAGGCUGAGGCAUUUCUUCUCGACCAUAUACAGCAGGAUGCAGGUCAAAACAUCAACACAACCAAUUAUUGUGUCCAUCCCAAUAUGCCAUUAUGACGAUGUCGAAUCUGACAAAUCAUCUCGGAAGCAGCUAGAUGAAGCUAUCCUCUCAACAUUAUUUGACUUGAAUGUUCCUGCUGUUUGUGCCAUUAACCAGGCAGUUUUAGCUUUGUUUGCAGCAAGGCGGACAUCAGGAAUAGUUGUCAAUAUUGGUUUUCACCAGACAUCUGUUGUUCCAAUUCUAAAUGGUAAAAUUAUGCACAAUGUUGGUGUGGAAACAAUGGGAAUGGGAGCUUUAAAACUUACGAGUUUCCUCAAGGAUCAGAUGCAACAAAAGAACAUAUAUUUUGGUUCACUCUACACUGUACGCACAUUAAAGGAGAACCUCUGCUAUGUCGCUCCUGAUUACGAGGCCGAGCUAUCCAAAGACACAACAGCCUCAUUUCAAGUUCCAUCAGAAGGUGUAUUUACACUUGAUAAAGAGCGAUUUCAAACAGGAGAAAUUUUGUUCCAGCCUCGGAUUGCAGGAAUGCGUGCCAUGGGUUUACAUCAUGCUGUUGCAUUGUGCAUGGAGCACUGUCAAGAAGCAGAACUUAUUGCUGAUGAAACCUGGUAUAGAACUGUAGUCCUGGCUGGUGGUACUGCAUGUUUGCAUGGGCUAGCAGAAAGACUAGAGCAGGAACUUUGUGGUCUUCUUCCCCCAUCCAAGUCAUUCGGUGUCAAAGUACUUCCUCCCCCUCAUGGUGUAGAUUCUGCAUGGUAUGGAGCAAAGCUCAUCAGCAAUUUGAGUACCUUUCUGUCUUCCUGGUGUGUGACAAAAAAGCAAUUCCGCCAGAGGUCCAGGCACAAACUCCUAUGGUGAAAAGUAAAAACCUAUUGUAUCCUUUUUUGGAUGGAAACCUAGUGUUCCCUAUGAUCAGCGCUAUCAGAGUUUUGGGAGGACUUACUAUCACACAGUUUUUAUGCACAGUUCCUUGAGCAGUACAUUUUUUCCCUCUCAAUUUGGUGUACAAGGCGUGAAUAAAACCCAAAAUAAUGUUUGUAAUUUAACACAUGCACAGAGCACUAGAAAUUUAUACUACAUGUAAUUCUUUUAUCGGUACUUCCUACUAUUUGUAUUUACGGUUUUCCAUGAUAUUGUUACUUCUUUUGUUUACCGUAUACAGAUUAAAGAGUAUAAAUAAACAAUUUAUAUUGCAGGAAAGAAA